AUGAAUAGAUCUGGCCCCCAUGGAUCAGCAGCCCUGGUGCUGCCAGAGCUUGUGGCUGGAGCAGGACAUCCUCCAAAGCCCUCUCUCACCUCCUGUUUCCCCACACAGAAUCCCCCGCUUCCCCGGCAAUCUCCAGUGUCCGACCGGCAGCUCGAUGAGGCAGGAGAGAAUGACGUCAAUAAUUUUUUUCAGCUGACUGUGGAGAUGUUUGACUAUCUGGAAUGUGAGCUGAACCUCUUCCAGACAGUGUUCAGCUCCCUGGACAUGUCACGCUCCGUGUCGGUGACCACCGCGGGGCAGUGCCGCCUGGCCCCGCUUAUCCAGGUGAUCCUGGACUGCAGCCAUCUCUACGACUAUACCGUCAAGCUGCUCUUCAAGCUCCACUCCUGUCUGCCAGCGGAUACACUGCAGGGCCACCGGGAUCGCUUCCUGGAGCAGUUCAGAAAGCUGAAGGACCUCUUCUACCGCUCCAGCAACCUGCAGUACUUUAAGCGCUUGAUCCAGAUCCCACAGCUGCCGGAGAACCCUCCCAAUUUCCUGCGUGCCUCAGCGCUGUCGGAGCACAUCAGCCCUGUGGUGGUCAUCCCCGCUGAGGCGUCCUCACCUGACAGUGAGCCUAUCACGGACCUGGUGGAGAUGGACACAGCUUCGCAGAGCCUGUUUGACAAUAAGUUCGAUGACAUCUUCGGCAGCUCCUUCAGCAGCGACCCCUUCAACUUCAACAGCCAGAAUGGGAUGAACAAGGAUGACAAGGACCGGUUAAUCGAACAGCUUUAUGGCGAGAUUGCAGCCCUGAAAGAGGAGCUGGGGAACUUCAAGGCUGAGAGCGCCCGAGGCGCGGUGCAGCUGCGUGGCCGCGCCAGCGAGCUGGAGGCCGAGCUGGCCGAGCAGCGGCACCUGAAGCAGCAGGCUCAGGAUGAGAGCGAGUUCCUGCGGGCCGAGCUGGAGGAGCUGAAGAAGCAGCGGGAGGACACUGAGAAAGCCCAGAGGAGCCUGACAGAGAUCGAAAGGCGGGCGCAGGCCAAUGAGCAGCGCUACAGCAAGCUGAAGGAGAAGUACAGCGAGCUUGUGCAGAACCAUGCGGACCUGCUGCGAAAGAACGCAGAGGUGACCAAGCAGGUGACGAUGGCCAGGCAGGCACAGGGGGAUGUGGAGCGGGAGAAGAAGGAGCUGGAGGACUCCUUCCAGCGGGUGAGCGAGCAGGCUCAGAGAAAGUCGCAGGAGCAGGCAGAGGUGCUGGACACGCUGAAGCGGGAGCUGGCAGCCAGCAGGCAGGAGCUGCAGGUCCUCCAGGGCACGCUGGAGUCCAACACGCAGGCAGGAGUGGAGCAGAGCACCCGGAUCGCUGGCCUGGAGCAGGAGCGGGACAGCCUGAGCCAGGCGGCAGAGCAGCAUGGGGAGGAGAUGGCCGCGCUGCAGGCUGAGCUGCAGCAGCUGCGGGACACACUCAGCCGCGAGCAGGAGAGCAGCAAGGUGGAACUGGAGACCUUGCAGACCCAGCUGAGAGACAAGGAGAGCGGGGAGCAGGCACUGCAGCAGCACCUGGCAGAGGAGCAGUUUGCCCUGCUGCGGAGCACGGCGCAGGAGGCAGAACGGAUGGUGCAGGAUGCCCUCAGUCGCCUGGAGGAUCCCGCUCACAUCAGCUGCACCGGCUCAGCAGAUUGCCUCCUCUCCAGGACGCUGGCAGCCUCCGAGUGUGUCGAGCGGCUGCAAGAUGCACACAGCAAAUACCUUUCUAAUUGUGCAGCUGUGGGCUCCCUCCUGCCCUGCCUGGCCCUCUUCGCCCACCUCGUGAGUGACACCCUCGUGCAGGGCAGUGCCACCUCCCACGUGGCCCCCAUGGAACCCGCCGACCGUCUGCUGGAGAUGUGCAAGCAGUGCGGCAGCGAGGCUGUGAGCUACCUCAGCGCCCUGCAAGACCCAGGGACAGUGGAAGGCGCUGACUGCAGCCUGAUGACAACCUGCCUAGGCCGGAUCAGUGCCAUUGGGGAGGAGCUGCGGCCCAGAGGACUGGACAUCAAGCAGGAGGAGCUGGGUGACCUGGUGGACAAGGAGAUGGCGGCAACGGCAGCAGCCAUCGAAACGGCGUCCACCCGGAUCGAGGAGAUGCUGAGCAAGGCACGGGCUGGCGACACUGGGGUCAAACUGGAAGUGAACGAGAGGAUCCUGGGCUCCUGCACGGGCCUCAUGCAGGCCAUUCACGUCCUGGUCCUGGCCUCCAAGGACCUCCAGAGGGAGAUCGUGGAGAGCGGACGGGGUGCAGCGUCCCCCAAGGAGUUUUAUGCCAAGAAUUCCCGCUGGACUGAAGGUCUCAUCUCUGCCUCCAAGGCUGUGGGCUGGGGUGCCACCGUCAUGGUUGACGCUGCCGACCUGGUGGUCCAAGGCAAGGGGACGUUCGAGGAGCUGAUGGUCUGUUCCCGGGAGAUCGCAGCCAGCACUGCCCAGCUAGUGGCAGCCUCCAAGGUGAAGGCAGACAAAGACAGCGCCAACCUUUGCAAGCUCCAGCAAGCCUCUCGGGGCGUCACCCACGCCACGGCCAGUGUAGUGGCCUCCACCAAGGCUGGGAGGUCACAGGUGGAAGAAAAAGACAGCAUGGACUUCUCCAGCAUGACGCUCACCCAGAUCAAGCGUCAGGAGAUGGACUCCCAGGUGCGGGUGCUGGAGCUGGAAAACCAGCUGCAAAAGGAGCGGCAGAAGCUGGGGGAGCUGCGCAAGAAGCACUACGAGCUGGCAGGAGUGGCCGAGGGCUGGGAGGAGGAUGCUGCAGAUUAGCACCUGUGGUGGGAGUAGCCCGCGGAGUCACCCCUGCGGCGGGCUGGGACACAGCUCAGUGCAGCCUGUUGGAAAGAUCCACGAUAAACUGGUGCAAGAGCCACCCCGAAGCACACAUCCUCUGCGUCCCCCCGCCAAGAGCUGCCUCUAGCUCCGGAGCACUGAGAGCCCGGGGCUGGGAGUGAGGGCUCACUGGGCUAACGCCAGCCACAAACCGCACGUGUAUUUAUUAGAGCUGCUUGGGGUUGGGGGAGUCUCGGGGGGUGGGGGGGUCUUUAACCCUUUAGUUUUGGUUUUGCACAGAUUUUUUGAACUCUUUGAGCUGGCUCUGGCUGAGCGAGAGCAGUUGGGUUUCUUUCGCCUCUCGCUGCUUCUUCAGCCUUAACCCAGUCCCUGGCUUGGUGCAAACAUCUCCCCCCUCUGCAAAGGAGCCUCUGCGGUGCCAAGGGGUGCUGCCGGGUCGGGAGCCAGCUUUUAGGGUGCUGCUAGGCUUGGUGCUAGGUGUGCCCCCUCUUCCCUUGAGGGCACCGAGUGCCUUUGGCCGCUGCAGGGUACAUUCCCGUGGGAAGAUCCAGCUGGUGAGACUGGGAGCAGCCAGUGGUGAGGAGGGAGCAGGGCGGGCAGUGGGAGGGAUGCCGCUGUGACCUGCCUCCCCUCCAUGCCAUCCCCCACCCCUGAGCUGACCUGCCCCGACAGAUCACUGUGUUCAUGCCAGCAAUAAACCCUCCGAAAGGUGCUGGGCGUGGGUUUGGGCAACCAUGAUGCCACCGCACAAGCCACCAGCUCCUGGGGACAGGGGGUGGCUCCAGGACAGCAGCACAGAGGGUUUAGGGACAGCUAGGGAGCCCCAGAACCAGAGCACCCGAAAGCCAGAGCAAGCACUUCCCCAUGCCUGUUGGCUCUGGGCUGGUGCCACCCCAUGCCCUCACCGCUCUCUUGGUUGCACGGGGGAUUGGUGCAGGCUGGCACCGGCCAGGGAACCUUUGUGCCUUGGAGCAGGGGGUUAGAGGGCAGGGGGGGUGUCUGCCAGCGCCAGCCCCCAGCUCCUUUCACUGCAGCAGGGACCAUGGCAUCAGCCUGUGCAGCGCUGUCCCUGUCCCCCAUGGACCUGCUGGUACCCUUGGCAGGGCCAGGGUGUCCUUCCCAGCCUGACAGCGUUGCUGCCUGCACCCCACCACCAUGCAGUGACCCCCACCAGCCACCUCAGGGCUCUGGAGGUGCAGGAUUUGGCUUUUUGUCCUUUAGUAAGUGGUGGCAUCGCCCAGAUGGGCUGGGCUGUCACUGCGUGCUUUCCCAGUGACAUCCAUCAGCACUGGGAGCAGUGGGACCUGCCUGCAUAUCUCCCCUGCCUGGCCAUCACCAUGGCCUCAGGGCUGGAUCCCCUACACCCAGGAGAGCGCAACCCUCCACCGGGCAGGGGUGUGGUGUCCCCUGGCCAGCCCCGGUGCCAACACACCCGCUCUGUGCUCCCAGCCUGCUGGGGACACUCCAACUCCCCAAACCUCACUGCAGCCAUACCCGACCUGUGCUGGCUCCCCUCCGGAUCCAAUACCAGCCAUCCUGUUCCUGCAGGACCCGGGGAGCCCCAGAACCCUCCCUGCUCUUUUGAGGGGGGUCUCGCCUGCGUGGGGAACCCCCAACUACCUCAGGCCUCCAGGCCAGGUUGGGGCUGGGGACAUCGAGGAGGUCACGGUGUCACGGCGGUGACAGGGGAUGGCAGCACCACUCAUGGCUGCAACUUCUUCUCCUUUUUAUAUCUUGGCCAGGUGCUGGCAGGGGGGCAGCGUCCCCCCAGGGUCCCCAGUGCUGGUGGCCGGUGACGGGGAUGGCGGCGGUGCCCCUGCAACUGCAGGUUGGGUUGAUUUUUUUUUUCGUUCAUUGUGUAAUAAUAAUUCCUGCGUCGUGUGGUUUCAAUUUUUCAAUAAAGCCUUCAGCCCAGCCCUAAGGCUCCAGGGAACCUGUGCCACC